AUGUUCGGGGCACUCAACAGGAUCAUAGGACGGCUGGAUGCCGAGCCAUCCCAGCAGAGCAACACUCAGAAUCCGGGCGACAACACCUUCGGCUUCCAGGUCCUGCGGAAUCCAAACACAGAUCUCGCCCUUGAGCCAUUUUUCGACUUCAUUAUAGGCAUCAAUGGCCACUUCAUUGAGUCUCCGGACCCGAAUCUAUUCUCGACCGAACUCAAGAACUGUGCGGGAGGGUACUGCUCGCUCGACCUGUGGAGCGCGAAAGGACAGAGGACAACACAACUCACGAUCCCCGUGCCUCAGCCGCCCGACUCGCUGGGGUUGUCCCUGCAACUUGCACCUUUAAACUCGACUUUCAACGUCUGGCACAUCCUAGACAUCCCUUCGCCAUUGUCGCCAGCCCAUGUUGCUGGCCUUCUCCCACAUAGCGACUACAUUCUUGGUUCACCAAGCGGCACAUUAAGAGGCGAAGCUGCCCUGGGAGAACUGGUCGAAGACCACCUGAACAGAAGCUUAAUGUUGUGGGUCUACAAUUCAGAAUUUGAUGUCACGCGCGAAGUUGAGCUCAUCCCGCGACGAGGGUGGGGAGGAGAAGGUGCUCUGGGCGCAAUACUCGGCUACGGGGCGCUUCACCGUCUACCAAUUGGCAUCGGAGAAGAAGUGCAGGCGCCUGGUCAAGAUCUAUUUGACGCUGAGCAGAAGACUGAGGUCGUCUACAGUGGGGGAGAGAACGGAUCAUUUCUACCUGCACCGCUGUCUGCACCACCAAUGCUCAGCCCCAGUGCGUCUGCGCCUCCCAUGCUGAAUCCAAACGCUCCUCCUCCGGCGGCAGGCACUUCGAGAGCAAAGAAGAGCAGACCGAACCGAGCGUUGUCGCCAAACAGCGGGUUCGAUGAUAUGUUCGCUGAAGGAGCACAGAAGAGCGCUGCGCAGGAUGCAGUGCCUUCGAGGAAAGGUACACCACUUGCUCCACCACCAAAGAUGGGAGGCAAGCCUACCGAAGCAGCUGCCGAGCCGAAGACCGAAGACCUGGGCGAGCCAGGCGACGCUGAAGAAACCUGA